UUCGUCGACAUAAUUCUCUUUUAACAAAGUUUCUGUAAAUGGGGAAGGGGGGAGAUCACGAUCUCUAUGGGAAGGAGCAAUGAAUGGCAUUUACUGUCCAUACACUUUACAAGUCAACCCCACGCCCAACCCAAAAAAGCCAACAACCAGUCAGUCCUUGCAGCAUAAGCUCGCAGGCGUCACGUGUUUCGCAGGGUUCCUCAGAUUUCCAGACGUCCCCCGUCUCUCCCUCUCUCUGUUUCCCUCCUUCCUCUGUCCUGAUCUCACGAGGGUUUCUGUAAUUCCCAGCAUCGCUCUCGUCCUCAAGAGACCCGUUUCUUGGCUUUCUUUGGAUCCUGAGGAUCAGAUGGUGUUGCAGCUGUUCUUCACGGUGGCCUUCUCGGCGGUGCCCCUCACCCUGUAUGUGCCACCCAUAAGGAGCUUGAAUCUGUUCGUGGAGACGAUGGAGGAUCUGAUGCGGGAGUCCAGGACCUACACCCACCGUGUCUAUCCUCGCGUUCGCCAUGUCUGGGUCCGGAUGGUCGACUGUCUUCUCUGUAGUACGGCCUAAAGCCUGAUCGUACUCCAUGCCCGAUUCUCUUGUAAAGUUUCUUCCUUUUUUUUUUAUUAUUAUUAUAUUGCCUAGCUGCUUUUUCUGGCCUUUGGGUUUUUUGGUAGGAUGUCAUUUAGUUGGUGGAGGGGACCGAGAGGCUGUUGUUCUUGAUCGAUGGCGGUGCUUUCUCUCUUUCUUGUUUGAUUUGGGGGAUGAAUAUCCUCGUGUUCAUACGAUUCGAGAAAUCACGAACAGGGAGCUUUUGAAGGCAUAUUAUAUAUCUGGGCCGUUUUCCGCUCUUAA